GGUUGUACUUGAAGAGCAAGCGCGCACAGAUUUCUUCCUCAAAUACGUUUACUCCUUGGCACCCUUCGUGCGCAAAGAAUCAAGCAACCCUUUGCCUUUUCUAAUCAUUUUAGUCGAAGUUCAAAUUGUGCGAGACAGUAAUAGCGAGUAAUAUUUAGCUUUAUUUUUUUUUUUUAAACAAGAAAGAAAGAGAGAAAGAAAGUAUCAAGACGAAGGAAAAUACGCAAAGAACUUUAUUCAAACUUAUCCAGAAUGAAGAUAAUUGGUUACCUUUUCUUCAUAAUACCAUUGAUAUUCUUAAUAAAGAUGGGAUAUGUAGAAGGAAUGCAAAAUGAGCGCGAUAUCUCGAACGCAUUUUCGAUGUAUGGAACAUAUAAAAUGAAAAGACCAUUUUGCAAUGCGUUUACCGGCUGUGGAAAGAAAAGGAGUUUUCAUGGAACUUCAAUUCAUUCUCCGUACUUUGAUUCUAAGAAAGGAAUUAAAAUUCGUCUUCCGAUACCUAUCUAUAAAGCUUUAAUAAAUGCGGCUUCCGAAGAAAUUCGAAACAUAAUUUCUCGAGGUUCUAAUGAUUAUGAGCACCCAGAGAUAACACAGGACUUCACAGUUUUACCCGAUCGAGAAUUAGCACUGGAAGAAAUUAAUUGACU